AUGAUUCAAAUAUUUGGUAAAUUACAUAAAAGAUUAUUUUGGAUAAAUUUGGAGUUAGAUUAUGUUUUUUAAAUGAUGAUAUAUUUGCAUUUUAACCAAAUUAAAAUGAUAUGUAUCCAUGAAAAGGAUUUAAAUAUCUUUAUUUAAAUUUAAUUCUACAAAAAGAGAAUUUUAAAAAUAUAAAGAUAUUCCAGUUCAUGGUGGUAAAUAAGUAUGUAAUAUAUUAUUUACUCAAGUUUAUAUUCCUUCAAAAUAAAUUCUAGUCUCAAAAAAUUGAAAUAAAGUCAACUUAAUAAAAAUUAUUUUCAAGUCUCAAUCUAAAAUAUUAGACUGCAUAUUAGAUAAAACUAUAGAUUUUUGUCAAAAUAAAAUCGGUUGGUUAUUUGGAACUAUGAGUAACAAUGA